UCAAAAACGUAGAACAAGCUACAAAAAAUCGCGCGGAUUUUUCUUAAUUUUUAUCUUUACUUCUACGUUCUUCAGCAAUACUAUGACUUUAGGCCGAUUUUUUUGACAUUCUAUAAGUUUGAUAUUAUUCUUCAAAUUUAAUAGUACUUUGAAAAGUUAACGCUAGGUUCACUUUUAAAAUUUUAUUAAUAUAAAAAUGCCAUAUUUUGAAAUAUUUCUUACAAAAGGUCUUCAAAUUUGGCUCCCAAGUUAUCGUUCCAGUCUCCUGAGUACACUGUUCAUAAUAUUAUAAAAUGCUGCAUUCUGGGAUAGGCAAGUCACUUUGGAAAGCCCCCCAGCAAAGAUUGAAAGAAAAACACGAAAAAAUGGAUUAAGUUCGUCGAAGAAGCAUUGGGGGUUUUUGAAUCGUUUUGUUUCACCCUUUUUCUCAAUUUAUAUCGGUAAGUCGACAUUUGUACUUUCCGUAACAAAAAGCCAAAAGAAUAACGACUAGAGUCGAAGAUGGAGGGAGAAAUUACGAGGCCGAACGAAGAGUACACGCUCGCCGAACACGAAGUUGCACAGCAAAUCGACAUCUCCGACUCAAUUCCGAGUGAACACGAAGCGGUAGCAGAGGUAUAUCAAAACACUGCAGAAAGUUCAGAAGAAAGCCAGCAAGCGGCGAUUCAGGUUGCAAAUACACGUUUCACUUUUCCUGCCUCGAGUAGCACUGUAACUCUGUCGACGAGCGCGGAUGGCUCCCAGCCACCGGCUGUCUUGCACGUUCAACAAAUACCAAACAAUCUUGGGCCUAUUCAAAGCGAAGCUCUUCGUGUUGCAGGGCUUGAAGCGGCAGCUAGUCUCUCGCAGAUUUCCCAAGGUAUUCUUCAGACAGACGAGGCAUAUAAGGCUUCUGAAGGAGGCCAGGUCACUGUGAACGUACCUGUUAGCCAGGCAGCUCAGGCUCGUGCAAAAUGGCAAGAAGCCAUGAACAGCGAUGUGUUGAUCGUACGAUGUCGGGACGAAAUCGGGGAGAUGCAUAAAAACAAGCUCGGUUCGGGAGGCAGAGGAAAAUGUAUAAAGCAUAGUGGCAACUGGUACACGCCGAGCGAGUUUGAAGCCUUGUGCGGUCGCGCGUCCUCCAAAGAUUGGAAGCGUAGCAUUCGUUAUGGUGGUCGUACUUUGCAAUGUUUGAUCGAGGAAGGCAUCAUAAUGCCGCAUGCCCUCUCUUGUACCUGUUCCACCUGUUGUGACGACAAUACCCUCGCGGGUCCCGUUCGUCUAUUUGUACCGUACAAGAGGAAAAAACGAGAGUCCUCCGACAGUCCCAUGACGAAAAAGAGACUUUCACUUGCUGGCUUGCCUUCAAGGUCAAUGAGUAUCGAUUCAGCUUGUUCUACCCCUGGUCCUCUGACUGGUGACGACACGGUUACUGUGGAUGGAGCUGACCUUAGCAAUUUGUCGUCAAUGUCGGCGGGCGGAGUGUCGGUUGUACCCGUGGGAUUCCAGACGAAUACAUCACCCACGAUGACAUCGUCGGAUUUACAAAAGCAAUGGUGGCAUCUCGAGGAGACGAUCAAUAACGUGAUAACUACAGCCCAUCAACUACGCAACAUGCUGAACCACGUUAGAAUGCAAGUGGAAAGCGUACGAGAGAAUGCUGUCAACCAGGCGAAGCUUCAUGCCGAGUCGGAGAAAAAGGAGGUUUUGGCCCAGACUCGCAUGAACUCUCUCAUGCAACUAUCGCGUGCGUUGAUGGAAGCAAAACAGGAAAAGGAGACUGCGGUUGCUCAAGCUUUGAUUGAAGCGAAGACAGUGCGACUAGAGAACGCUGCGGAUGCGAAACAGCAAGAGUUGUUGAAGGAAAUUCACGUGAUACAAGUAGAUCAAAAUAACGGAAUUGAGGAGGAAACGGAGGAAGUUGUCGAGCCCGAACAACAGCAGUGACGUGGGAUUUUGUGACUUGUUUUAUGUUCUCGCGACGUUUUGAUUGGUAGGCUUUCGAUGCCCUCCAUCAACACUCAUUUCGCAAUGUCUUAUCCUAUUUUACCCACUGAAGUGUAUAUGAUUGCACUCCCGAGGUGUUCUCGAUCGAUUUUUAGUAUUGCUCUUUUUGAUACGAGCAAUGUUGUUAGAGGUAGCGGGGGUAUUUCCAUAAAGUGCAAAGUCCGGAGGACUUAAUCUCCCCAUCGUUAUUUUGGUGUGGGUGAUUUUUUUGAUACUUUACUCAAUUAAGUGUUAGUAUAAGCAGCAAUUUCUGAUCGAAUUAUUGCAUCGUUCAAGAAAAGAGCACAGACACUUUACUUUAUUGCAUUAAUUUAUUUCGGGUAUGAGUUUUUUUUUUUCAAUUCAAACCGGAUUUCACGUAUCUUCUCUAUUUCAUUGACUUUGGUUAUCGCUCAAGAUAUGUUCAUAGUUAUUACAUAGCCGCUAUUCUUGUGUACAAAUUACCAAAACUUGCAAAAAUAAAAAAUUAAGCGCGAUUCCCGCAGUCGUUGACUA